CCAAGAUGGCUGCAGAAGGUGUCUGUCCGUUUCCUCUUCCUCCAGCUCAAUUCUACAAGGUUUACACAGAUGAAAAUAUAGAGAAACAAUUAGUACCUGAUCCACCAACUCCAGCUGAGGGAGCUUACGCUAUGUUUGGGGCUUCUUUUGAGACUGACGAAUCCAUUAUCAGACCUUUAGAACUUCAGGGAAUAACCAGACUUUAUACAACUCAGGGGAGAUUUGAUCGCAUCAAAGAGCUAAAAAAACUAAAUCACUCUAUUGUCAUAAACUUCUUGGAGCUGUUAGAUAUUCUAAUUAAAUCUCCUUCAUCACCUAAGAGAGAAGAAAAACUAGAAGACUUGAACUUACUAUUUAUCAAUAUUCAUCACUUGAUCAAUGAACUUCGACCACAUCAGGCACGAGAGACAUUAAGAGUAAUGAUGGAAAGGCAAAAGCAGCAGAGACUGGACACAGCAGACAAACUAAACAAGCAUUUGGACAGAGUGGUGGCAAUGCUACAGUCUAGCCUAUCCUCAUUACAAUUAAGUGCAAGACAACAGGACAGCUCCUUUGAAAAAAUGGAGGUUAAUCAAUCACAAGAUCAUUCAGAGGAAGAUGAAGAGUUCAGCAGAGAAGAUGAAAUCAUGUGCAGUGCCCUGGAAAAUAUCUCAUAGCUAGAUUUUUGGGACUGGAACUCUACAGACCCUGUCAAUAUGAAUGUUAUAUAAGAUGUAAUGUAAAGUUUUACUGCAUCUUAGAGGAGAAGUAAUAUGCUAUUUAAAAAUUUGUGGAUUCAUCUAUUCAGACAACUGUUUUGUUAUAGUCUUGAAUGUAACUAUAACUUUGUUGUAAGAUAAUUGUACAUAUCAGUAUUAUGAGGUGUCUAUAGAAAAGAGUACACAAGAGCUGUUAGACUAAGUUAUAAAUAAUUUAGGAUUAACAGAAAUUUAUAUACUAAAUAUAGCAAAUAGUGUAUGAAUGUACAGG